AUGGAAACAGAGACCGGGUCUACUCCAUCACAUGAAGCUGAUUCCAAUGUAAUGGAGUCUAGCUCUAGAGUAAGGGAAAAGGUUGAUCCGGCUUGGGAACAUUUUAGCCUUGGGGUGGAUGAGAAGGGACGAAAUACUUUCACAUGUAUGUAUUGUAGGCAAACAUAUAAAGGUGGGGGUAUUAAUAGGAUGAAAAAACACCUUGCGGGGAUAAAAGGUGAUAUUGGAUCAUGUAAAAAGGUUUCUCAUGAUGUGAGAUACCAAAUGUUGGAAUAUGUGAAGGAGUUUGAGUUGAAGAAAAAAGCUGAAAAACAACGUCAAGCAGAAAUGUUUAGUGUGCCUUCCACAAAUAGUGAUAUACAAGAAGAUGAAGAUGUUCAAGAGGUGUAUAGUAGUGGGUUGCCUAAAAAACUUGUUUUAGGUAAAAGAAAGGGUACAAAUCCGGUGGAUAAUUAUUUUGCUCCAAGAACUACUCCAGGAGCUCAACCUGGUCUUAAAAGUGUGUUCCAAAGUAAAGAAAGGGUGAGGCAAGCUGAUAUGGCUAUUGCAAGGUUCUUGUAUGACAAUUGCAUACCUUUUAAUGUAGUCAAUUCAGUGUACUACCAAAAGAUGAUUGAUGCUGUAGCUGCUGCUGGUCCUGGCUACAAAGCUCCAUCUUAUCAUGCUGUACGGGUCCCUUUGUUGAGGGAUCAAAAGAAAGAGGUGCAGUUGUUGGUUGAGUCACAACGUAGGCAUUGGGCAGAAGUUGGAUGUACACUUAUGGCUGAUGGUUGGACGGAUACUAGACAUAGGUCAUUGAUUAAUUUCCUUGUCUAUUGUCCUAGGGGAAUGGUGUUUGUAAAAUCAGUUGAUGCCUCAGAUAUUGUGAAGAGUACUAGAAACUUAUAUAAAUUGUUUGAUGAAGUAGUUACAUGGGUUGGUCCAAAAAACAUAGUUCACAUGGUUACCGACAAUGCUUCCAAUUAUGUAUCUGCUGGAAAAUUGUUGUGUGAAAAGUAUAAGACCAUUAGUUGGUCUCCUUGCGCAGCACAUUGCCUGAAUCUUGUGUUGCAGGAUAUGGGAGACAUGCCUCAUGUGGAGAGACUUAAAAAACGUGCAUCCAAAGUUACAGUUUUUAUUUAUAAUCAUGUAGCUUUGAUUGCUUGGUUGAGGAAGAGACCUGGUUGGACAUAUAUUGUACGUGUAGGAGCAACAAGAUUUGCUACUACUUUUCUUUCAUUUGGAAGUCUUCAUGUGCAUAAGCAUGACUUGCAAGCCUUAGUGACUAGCAAGUUUUUUGUGGACAAUAGAUUGGCAAGAGAGUCAAAGGCAAAAGAAGUAGUUUCUAUCAUUUUAGAUAAUACUUUUUGGGAUGAUAUUAAUGUUCUUGUCAGGAUUUCAUCGCCGCUCAUUCGUUUGUUACGGAUUGUUGAUUCUGAUCAAAGGCCUGCAAUAGGAUAUGUGUAUGAGGGCAUGCAUAGAGCACGGUUGGGAAUCAAGAAGAUCUUCCGAAUGAAGAAGCACUUGUACAAGCCAUACACUUCAAUUAUAAAAAUCCGUUGGGACAAACAUUAG